CAAACACUUAAAGAUGGGCCCUACAAAUAUUUCCGUACUAUAGGCAGGACUUUACAUGACAUAAUAAGAGAGUGAACAUCUUAACCUUCAUCUUUACACGUAACUACCCAAUCUCAUUCAUUUCUAUUCUAUCUCCAAAUUUUCCAUUUCCACACUCUAUAUAAAUACCUCUACACACACUCUAUACUCUCAUAUUCACAUUCAAAAGUUAUUCGUUCCUCAAACACAUGAGUGUUGGUGAAGCAACAUCAUCAACAAAAACACAAUGGAGAGUCAGGAUCAUCUUUCACCAUCCCACGUGGACGUAUCUCGACCGUCCCUCGGUUUCCCCUUGGGCACUGCACUUCUCUUGAUCAUCAUUUUUAGCUUGAGUGGCAUCCUCUCUUGUUGCUACCAUUGGGAUAAACUCCGUUCCCUCCGUCAAUCUUCCUUAGAUUCAGACCCUCAAAUCGAUUCAACCAAUAAAUCUAAACUUUACUCCACCGAACAGAAGCAAAACAGAGGAGAAAGCUAUUCGGUGAUGAUGCCGGGAGAUGAUGUGCCAAGAUUCAUAGCGAUGCCGUGUCCGUGUGAACCUUCGCGGCCGGAAAAUAUUGUUGUGACGGUUGUGAAACCGCCGCCGAUAAAGCCACCGCAAAUAGCGAUUCCUUUAUAUUUGUAAAUAGUUAGUUAGUUGUGUUAUGUUACAAUUCUUCUCAUCACAUGUUGCCACCGUUUUGUUGUAUCAUUGUUUAUUAUUUACAUGGGAAAUUGUUUGAGUAAAAAAGGUGAUAACUUGUGAUGAGAAGUUGAGAAUGGUUAGAAAAUGGAAGGAAAAAAAAAAGAAUAGGUUAGGUAGAUGGUCAAUUAGGGGAUUUUGAUAGCCAUUCCAUUUAAUUUAAUCCUUGUGUUCUUUUGGUAUGUAAUUAUGUAAGAGCUAUAAAUGGUUUAUAAAUUUUAAUUAUUGGAAGCAAAA